GUUUGUUAUUCUAGAUUGACAUGGUGGAUGAUUAUUUGGACAAGGGUUUUGGUUCAUCAUCAGGACCUCUUAAGGAUGUGGAAUCCGGUUCUAUUUCUGGGCGUGGCACAUCUAGUACCCGUCGUUCUAACGUUCUAGGCUAUCGUGGCGUAGCCUCUAUAUCGAUGUCACCUGGUCCCAUGGGACUUUAUACAUCGUUUUCUCGUUCUGGAUCUCCGUUACAAUCGCAGGAUGUAACUCCAUGUUCAGGAUUGACUUUUGGUAACGUUUCGGGUACUGUUGGUCAUCCUGUAUUUAACGUUGCUUCAUCAUCAUUGGAUGCUGUGACUUCAGUUUCUGCUGAAUUUUUGCACGGUUACGGUUCUACUGAGGGUCACGUGUCAUCAAGUGACACCUUUGGUUUAAAGGGUAUAAGCUCUACUAAAUUUAAUCCACCAGGAUCGGGUACCACUAGGCCCAAUUUGGGUAUAUUGGACUCUUUUUCUGGCGACGAUGUUUGUAUGUCUGGUGCUCAGAGUGCCUACGUUGACUUAUUGGAUUUCCGCAUAACGGACUACUUUACCAAUACUCGUUGUUUUUGUAGUUUUAUAUCAUAUUCAGUUCAUUUUACUGACUUCGGCAUUCGACGUGUAUCUAAUCGUCGUUUUUCUGACUUUUGUCGUUAUGACACUUUACUUCGUGAGUUUGGUUAUAUUCCUCCUAUAUCGCUCCCUGAGAAGCGUUAUUGGGACAAGUCGCCUUCAUUUUUAUCGCAACGUUUUCAGGGUUUAUGUGCUUACUUUCGUCAGCAACUAACUCGCGGCAGUCGAUUUCAGCUGUAUAUGUUGCAGUUAUUUUUGGGUUGUGGCUCUGAGAGUGUUUUGUACAUCCACUUGGUAACUUGUGGCAACCCUACUGAGCGUAUGAACGCUUUGAGUUUAUUAUUUCGUUAUUUGAUGCGUUCUUCCAGUGGUCGUGCUAAAUUUUUAUCGAGUAUUAUGAAAUACCCUUUGGACAGUUUCAUUGAUUUAUCAGUUUCAGUUCGCCUUGAUGGCGAUGCUGAUGAAUGUUCAUUGGAUUAUCGUUUGUACCAUCCUCUGGUUGUGGAUUCUAUGUUGGAUUGUUUGGUAUCUGGUGACGGUCGUACUGUUUACGAGGUAUGUGGUAUUUUCCUACGUAUGCUACACAUUGAGGAUUGCACUUGUCCUUCAGUAUAUAGUUUGAAGGCUAUUAGUUACGUGACUAAGGCGGUAUCUCGUUUGAUUGGCAACACUGGUCUCGGUGCCAUAUCGGUAUCAGUUACUUCACUGGAUGACCCUAUAUUCCUGGGUAUAUUGGAUGGCAUAUCCAGUAGUACUGAUCUUGGUUGGCAUGUAGUUUCCUACUAUUUGAUAAUGUCGGUUAACUUGGACACUAGUUGCGUGGUUUCAUUUUUGGAGGACGACUCUUUGAAUCGUUUUAUUCGUUUACUGGGUUACAAUGACCGUUAUGUGAUUCGUCGGUUUUCACUUUGGGUAUUAUGGUUGGGUUUAUUUGAUGACAAGAUUCGUUCUGUUGUUAGUCACGAUACCCUUGACCGUCUUUUACGUGCGUUAUAUGGUUCUACUGAUAAGACUUGCAAGUUGCUUUGCGGGUUAGUUUUGAGUGUUUUGAUUUCUCGUGGUUGGUAUGAGGGUUCGGAGUUACCUCGUGCUGCUAUUUCUGUAUCCAACUUAAUUCCUCAUUUACAUGGCAUUGAUCAAUUCAUUGAGCGUCAGAUAUUUUCUCACGCAUCCCUUAAGUCAUUGUGUACAUUGUUUUCUGAUAGCUCUUUACCAGGUUGCGUGCGUGUAUUUUUGGCAUCUCUUUUGGAAUAUCACGUUAUAGUGGGUCGCGAGAGUGUUCCUGAAUCUAUAUCUACAUCCCAUUUGUGUGACACUGACUUUCACGGCAACACUGCUGAGCUUUCUCAUGCGAUAUUGGGUCCCAUUGACCCUGAUUGUCGUUUGGAUAUAACUGUUGAUGAUUCGUCUUUAAUGACCAAAUUCGGUUUACUUUACUUACGGCAGCUGGGUGACAUUAGUACCUUAUUUUCCGAGUGUCUGUACGGUAUAUUGGAGUGCUACAGUUCGGAUGACUCUUGUGAGUGGUCUUGGUCGUUAUACCAUUCAUCUGCUGUUUGUUUAUUGUUUUUACCUUAUUCGGUAUCUACUGUGGUCUCUAGUGACUACUUUAAUGUUGACUUUGACCCCUGGAGCAUGGCUUUUCAUUAUCGCAACACUGUAAGUUUGGGCAACGGUUCGGAGCGUCUUACCUUAGAUGGUAUAAACCCAAUUCAUCUUGAGGAGCCUGUUGUUUUACGCUUUGACCGUCAAUUUUUCUUGAGGCGUAUCUUGGUAUUACGUGCUAUGGUUAGUUUUAUGCAAGCUCAGGUUCGUGAGUUUGAGGAGUUGCAUUUAUCUCGCAAUGAGUUACCUCAUGAAUGCAUGGAGUUAUUACGUCAAUGUUGGUGUGGUCGUGAUUCUGGCACUCCCUUAUCUGAGGACGUUCGUGUUGAGAAGGAGAUCCACGAGGGCGUCGACCCCUUUAACAACUUUACUUUUGAUGGUUUUAACUAUUCCAUGUUGGACUUACCUGCAUUUCACCGUGUGGAUGCUUUUGAGCUUCGUGGUUAUGCCAAUGACCUGAUUGCUUACGGUCAUGCUCAGCGUGGUCUGGUUAAUGUGCUAAAGACAUGCAUUUUAUAUCACCAACUAUGUUCCGGUCGCAUUACCAAGUUCAAGGAUAUGAUUUCAUGUUUAGAGUCACGUGUUGAAUCUAUCCAAUUGGGUGAUUUAGUGGAGCUUGAUGAUCUCGAGGAGCGUUAUCUUGGUGAGUGCAGUGCCUUGUCCUUGGGGCUACAGGAAGAGAAUUCGUUACUGUCCACCCUACAGGAGAAGCACGGCGUAGCAUCACGUUUACAAUCUAUGUUGCGCAGCAGUCGCGUCAAGCUUGAUGCGUGUCAUCGUGACAUAGCUGCUACUCAGCAGCGCCUUGACGAGUUACCUCGUUUGCGUAGUGAGAACCUGGCUACGCAAACCAAAUUGAAUCUCACUGCUGAGCGUCUUUCCGAGUCCAUCAAAUCCGCCAAUGAGCGUAUAUUGGAGCUUCAGGAUAACGUUGCCCUAGAGGAGCGUGAGAAGCAGGAGUUCAGUUUGUGUAUUCAACGUCUCAGUUACCUGUCAUCUAUUUUAGACGAUGGCAAGUAUCGCGACGUCACUGAUGCUUUGGAUUCCAUUCCUCUGGCGGACGUCAGUGCUACGUUACACCGUGCUUUUGGCACACUACUUGCGGAAUCCACAUCGUCUGAGCUUUUGGACUCGGAGACCGUAUUACAGAUGAAGACCCUUGUUAUGCAACAGUUAACAUCGGUACAGGAGCGUCUCAAUGCUGUGUAUAGUCGCGAUUCUAACCUUCAGAUAGCUGCUCUAAACCGUGAGGUCACUGCCAAAGAGGAUGCUUUAUACCAGGCACAACUUGAUCUUAAUACAGCUCGCAAGAACAGUGUCAUUGACGGUAGUGUCCUUGAGGACACUCUGGGCACCCAGAAGGUGCUCAUGGAGAGUCUUGAGGGCACCAUAUCCAACUUGAUGCGUGAAUUACGUCAGGUUAAUGCUACCAACAGCGAGUUGGACACUCGUUUGGCCAGUGUUAAGGAGCGCAACAACGCUGCUCGUGCUCGGCUGGAAUCGACCAAGGCAGAUCUCAAGGAAUCGAUUACCAAUCAGCGUGGUGUGCGUGAGCGCAUGUUCCUCCAGGUAAUAGCUGCUGAAUUCCUGUGCAAGAAAGUUUGGCAGGAGCACCGCAAAAUGUCGCAUCUCUUAUCUUUCAAGGACGAUAUCCUUGCGACGCUAUCGUCACGUAAGGACGCCGAGUGCCUGGCACGUGAUUCCGUGGUUACUAUGUUACGUAACGCCGCUGAGCGCAUGUCGCAGACAGCUGACUUUUUGGGCAACGCUGCGCGGAACUAGUGUCAUCAAUUUAAUACUAC